AUGAAGCGCAAGCGCGGCCACACGCCGGGCAAGAAGAGUUCUUCGAAUACCACCGGGGGAGACUCUUCGUCUGCAUCUCCGUCCAGCCCAAGCACCGAGGAGAACAUCCCAGCGGAGAAUGCGCCUGUCUCGAGGUCCACUCCGGCAGUGCCUGAACCAUCUCCUCCUCCUGAACCAGAGAAGCCGAUCCUCCCUGCCCCAGCUCCGGCUCAUCCCACCGCUGAUAUACCGUACGCCAAGCCGAAGGUGGGGGCGGUAUACGGUCGUGUGAAGCUGAAGUUCAAAACCUCCAAGGUGGUAGAGCUCAACAAUAGUUCGUCUGUAGCUCAGGCAUCCGCUGAUGCUGGUAAAUCUCAGACUGCCGCUCCUGAAGUGAGCAAGCAAGCUACUGCCGAAAAAGGUAUCACUGCAUCGUCAACUGGCCAGACAACUGAUGGGCAGGAGUCGGAGUUGAGUGGUUCUGAUAAGGACAAGGUGGCAAAGAAAGCAGGAAGCAUAAAGAUCGUCUCGGCGGGAUUAUCUUCUUCAGUACAAGAUAACACCCAGGACAGGGAAGUUGAUGAAGUACAUGAACCUCUUCCAAGUAAGCAGGAAACUGUUCUAGUAACCGAGGAAAGUGAGAGUGCAUCGGAGCCAAAGAACUCACAAGGGUCAGAGAUAAAGCAGUCUACCCUGGAAUCUCAGCGUGAUGAGAAAGAGUUAGCUGCUGCACUUGAAGCUAUUAAGAAGGUUAUGAAGGUCGACGCAGCUGAGCCAUUUAACACCCCAGUGGAUCCUAUUGCUUUGGGAAUACCUGAUUAUCUUGAUGUUAUCGACACUCCUAUGGAUUUUGGCACAAUAUGUCAAGAUUUAGAACGUGGAAGCAAAUAUAUGAACUCAGAGGAUGUCUAUAAGGACGUGCAGUUUAUAUGGGAUAAUUGUACCAAGUAUAACAGUAAAGGUGAUUACAUAAUAGAGCUUAUGAAACGGGUAAAGAAGGCCUUCAUGAAAAAUUGGCUGGCAGCAGGCUUGUAUUCUGAUGUGCACGAGAAUGGUGGCAAUUACAAUACUGGCGAUGAGGAUACCAAAGUUAGUUCAAAAAGCAAGUCUAAGCAAAAACGGCGUCGCCCAGGGAGAUAUUAUUCUAUAUUCUUAUGUGUGUUUGAAUACAGGAAUGAUCGACACAAAAAUGAUUGUGCAUGUGCUGUUUGUCAAGUUACACGGCGUAAGAAGGAAAGGGAUGAAAUUUUAUCUGUUGAUAAUGAAGUCACUGUAGUGAACAUUUCUGAAGAGCGCAACAUGGAGGUAAACUUCGGUGAUAAUAAUCCUGGUAGUCAUGACACAGCCUCUAGUAAGGAGCAACCACGCCAUAUUGAUGUGUUUAAAACAACAAUGGAAGCAGAUGAUGCGCAGACUCAGAUGGAAGAUCCUGGAAAAUCCCUCAAUAAUCCAUCUCCUGACUAUGAAGAUGAGGUCUCCAGACAGUAUUCCGAGGAUAAGGAAGAGGAGUAUAAAGAUCUGAACAGUCAGGACGAACAUACUUCCACUCAGCCUAAUGAUGACUCAGUAGCUGGACAUCAUGAACAGAAGGCACAGACCGAAAUUGGGCAGGAGGUGGAAAUGGAGGAGUUGCCCAUUCAACAGGAGAACGAGUCAUUCUUGCAAGUCUGCGCGCGCCUUUUCCCCAGCAAGCAGGGCUCCGUUUUCAGGGGUCGCCAUUCUCUGUUCCGUCAGCAGCGCCGUUUGGUGGCACCAAAGGAGAGCCCCCUACACGUCGCCCUGACAGCGAUAAUGAAACGGUAG